GUUUGCCAUCGUUCCAAGUGCCAGUCUCACGUCUCGUGUAGACUUAUUAACAGCGUCUGGAAUAUCGAGUUCCGGACUUUUACGUUCAGAGCUUUCGGUUCGCUUGCAAGUCUUGAGAGGUACGACGAGUGAUUCGGGAUACGGGCAGAAGGACUAUGGCCAAUCGCUCCAGCCAGCAAGACCGCGAGUUCAACAAUGAUGGCGAACACAUGAAUCGCGACUAUCAUCGUAAUCACAACAACCGGGACAAUAGGGACAAUCGGGAUAAUCGUGGCGGCUUCCGUGACUUUCGUAAUCGCGACCGAAAUCGUGAUCAACCGCGUCAGGUGCCCACGGAGCCGCCCUUCAAUGCCUAUGUGGGUAAUCUGCCCAAGGGUCUCGUCCAGGGCGAUGUGAUGAAGAUUUUCUCCGACUUUGAGGUGAAGAAUGUGCGCCUUAUCAAGGAUCGAGAGACGGACGAGUUCAAGGGCUAUGGCUACGUGGAGUUUGAGACCUUGACACAGCUGAAGAGGGCCCUCUCCUGCAAUGGUCGCAUCAAACUGGAUAACUUUUCGGCUCCGCUGCGCAUCGAUAUAGCGGAUCAUCGCCGCACUCUUCCCGGUGCUGGCGGCGGAGGUGGUGGCGGUCCAGGAGGAUCUCAUAAUAUGGGUGGCAGAGGAGGAGGAGGAGGAGGAGGAGGAGGAGGAGGAGGAGGAGGAGGAGGCGGAGGCGGUGGAGGAGGUGGAGGUGGUGGAACCUACCAACAGCGACGCAAUUAUCGUCGGGAUGACAGCGUUGGUUCCCAUCAAUAUCCUCGGCGCAGUAACAGCAACCAUCAACUGUCCCGCAGCAGUCCCACUCAAAGCUCCAUGUCCUUUGGCAGCACCCGUGAUCUGCGUGGCAACUACAACAAUCGUGGAGGAGGCGGUGGUAAUCGUUAUCAAAGCAGCAAUUCGCGCAUGCGCAACGACAACUCCAAUUUCGAUGAACAGCAGUCGACCAGCGGUUUCCAGCGUAGCCGUAACUUUAGUUUUAAUCGGACCUUUAGCAACAACACUCUUGAUGGCGGUGGCGGUGGUCAGCGGCAGCGCAACUUUGCUAGCGGUGGAAAUUCAGAAAAUGGAAACUACAACAACUUUGUGCAGAAUCGAAAUCGAGAUCGCCGUGGUCACUAUAAUCCCAAUAAUGCCGGAAGUUCGGGUUACCGCAACAAUGCGCAUGGCGAAUAUGGUCGGGAUCGCAGAGGAGAUUCAGGACACGGAUCUGGAUCGUCAACAGGACCAGCUUCAAACAAUCCUUUUGGGGCUUUAGACGAAGAUGAUCGUCCGAAAUUGGUCUUAAAGCCCCGAACUGUAACUGCUCCCAUUAAUGCAUUGGCCGAGACCAAACAGGCAGCUUUAAUCUUUGGCAAAGCCAAGCCCCGAGAGGAUAAUGCCAGUCCUUUAUCUUCGCCACGUGAAAACGAUAAUGGUGCCGGAUGUUCAUCCGUUAAAGCUGGUCCCUCUUUCAGGGGACCAGGUGCCAAUGCCGAGGAUAGCAGCGAUUAAUUUCCCAUUCAUGGAAGAAUCACGGAUACCUGAUAUUUUCAAGAAUUUUAAUUAAUUUGCAAUUUUCCGUGGAUUUUUCAGAAUUUAUACAAAUUACGUAUUUGUAGGUACCCGGGAAUCAUAUCCAAAUCUAUAUUUGUGGCUAGAUCAGAUAGAUAUACACUUCAUUUUGAUGCUAGCUAACAAAAAGGAAAAUUCCAAAUUUUUUCUCUUGGUUAGACGCCAUUAAGUCCCAUUUCCGAUUCCAUAUGCGCAUCAUUUAAUUGCAAAUCUUUAAUAAUAAUAA